AGUUUCUUAUCUUGUGGUUAACAGUGGGGAUGCCAAUCUCCUCUUGGGCGAGCUAAAGGUAUCUCUGCGUUUCCUUGACUUGCAGCAUCCUCCUCUGCUUUUUAGGACCACGAGCUUGCAUUUCCUGAAAUUGUGGAAGUGGAUUUAAGCGCAGGGUCCCCCACUCCGCCUCCCCUUGUUGCUGGAGAGGAGGCGUGGGAUGGGGUGAAGCGAGGCAGGGGCGUUGGAGAGAAACUAGAGCGAUGUGCACCGGACAGGAAAAGUGGGAGGAGGUGGGGGGAGGAGAGGAGGCGGCCGUAAGUUGAGAGAGGAGGGAAACAGUCACCAGCCACUCCGGGAGCUACUCCGGAGAGGAACCCGAGCUGGAUGCGACCAGGCGGAGGGCAGAGCUGGGAGAGGAGGACCCAGGGAGGGAGAGCAAGGCGAGAACCAUCCAGAUCGCUUGUUUCUCUCCAGCAAGAAAACUUUCCUGGAACGGCGGAAACUUUUUUCCUGCGCGCGCUGUGUCUGGGACGGAGGCGUGUGGCGGCUGUCCUCGGCUCGGCUCGGGUGACUCACGCCGGGGACCCCAAGGGGGUGUUGGCUCAGAGUGGGCUUUUAAAGAAAGCCCAGAAGCAGCGUUGGGAGAAGCCUUUUCUGUGGGUGGCCAGAAACGUCUGGUCCUGAAGACACAGCGCAAUCCUCACCUGGACUUAUGACCCGAGGCCUUGCUCCCCUCCUGCCCAUUGAGUUCCACAAGAUGGGCUCCUUCCGCCGCCCCAGACCACGAUUCAUGAGCUCCCCCGUGCUCAGCGAGCUGCCCCGCUUCCAGGCUGCCCGGCAGGCUCUGCAGCUGAGUUCCAACUCUGCCUGGAACAGCGUGCAGACAGCUGUGAUCAACGUUUUCAAAGGGGGCGGCUUGCAGAGCAAUGAGCUGUAUGCACUGAACGAGAACAUCAGGCGGCUGCUGAAGAGUGAACUUGGAUCCUUCAUUACAGACUAUUUCCAGAACCAGCUUCUUGCAAAAGGACUGUCCUUCGUGGAGGAGAAGAUCAAGGAGUCCGAAGGUGACAGUCGGAUUGAGGUUCUGGCUGAAGUCUGGGACCACUUCUUCACCGAGACUCUGCCCACCCUGCAGGCGAUAUUUUAUCCGGUUCAGGGACAGGAGCUGACCAUCCGCCAGAUCUCCCUGCUGGGCUUCCGGGACCUGGUCCUGCUGAAGGUGAAGCUGGGCGACUGGCUGCUGUUGGCACAGUCCAAGUUGCCCUCAUCCGUUAUACAAAUGCUGCUCAUUCUGCAGAGUGUUCACGAGCCCACAGGCCCAAGUGAGGGCUAUCUGCAGCUGGAGGAGCUGGUGAAGCAGGUGGUGUCUCCCUUCCUUGGCAUCAGUGGGGACCGCAGCUGCACAGGCCCCACAUACUCACUGGCCAGGAGGCAUUCCAGGAUCCGGCCCAAGGUGACUGUCCUCAACUAUGCCUCUCUGAUGACCUCCGUUGGACGGCCACUGAAUGAGAUGGUCCUGACUCCGCUAACAGAGCAGGAAGGAGAGGCGUACCUGGAGAAGUGUGGCAGCGUUCGGCGGCACACAGUGGCCAAUGCCCAUUCGGACAUCCAGCUGCUGGCCAUGGCCACCAUGAUGCACUCAGGAUUAGGGGAGGAGGCUGACAGCGAGGAUAAGCACCUGCUCCUGCCACCCAGCUUCCCACCGCCACACCGCCAGUGCUCCAGUGAGCCCAGCAUCCCCGAUAGCCCCGAUGAACUGGAACUAGAAGAUGGAGCAAGUGGCAGCCAGGAGGACUCCGAGAUGAACUGUGCUUCCCUCAGCUGAGCUGACAUCUCCAGGAUUUCCGCAUCCCUACUUUGUAGCCAGGAUGAGGACUGUGUGGAUGUAUCUCCUCCAUGGAUCACCAAGGGGCUCUUGCUUUGAGUGGCACUGCCUUAUUUCUUAGGGCACAAGCCAAGUCUCCAUGCCCCCAGGAAACACCUGUAACCCUCUCCACUGUGGUGUCUGUGACUAGCUCCUCAUGCCACUGUUCUCCUGACUUCCAGCCUCACCUACUUCACCUGGAUCCUCUUCUCUGGGCCCUUCCCAUCCUAUUGGACUGGCUGAUGCUCCUAGUAUAUAAUGCUCUGGCAUUACUGUCGCAGAAGCUUGGACCACACAUGAGCAUCUAGAAUGUGCCAGCUCUUGCUGUUCCCUUAAUGAUCCAUGAAGCAGAAGCCAAGGGGUAGAAGGAGUAGCAAAGGUUCUGUAUAACAUGGAAGUCAACUAUAGCCCUUAUCACUUACUUUAAUUGCAGUUUCCUUGAAAGCAUUAUCCUACUCGUGGGUGAGGGUCCAUCCUUACGUAUGUCCAGAUGUCAUGUGCUGUCUACACAAAGGGCUUUAGCCUAGCAGAAUCUCUGUCUUGGACUCAGCCUCAGCAUGUCCCUCUUAGGCUUCUUCCCAGUCUCCAGGAAUGAGCCUUCUCAGUCACUGGUGCCUUACUCCUCUACUUUCAGGAACUGACUGACCACUUUCCUGUUGUGCAUAAGACAGCAACUGACCUAGUCUGUACCUGGAUUUCACUUGAAUUUGUAAAACGUGUAUUGUUUAAAAAAAAAAAACAAACCAUGUUCGUGAAUA